GACACACAUGAUUACAUUUCACCCAACUUGGAUUGGUAAAUGUGCGUUGCUCUCCAAACAGAAGCUGAGCCGGCAUGGAGCUACACCCUCUAUGGAUCGUGUUGAUGUUAUCACUGGUCAGUGUGGCCAGCACAGAUUUCAUUGGCUACAAAGUGACGUCAUCAACUCCAUCAGACGGUGGAUAUACAUCAAUAGUUCUUGAAGGGCUGCCUCUCGCAAUUGAUGUCGUCACAGGGUUCUACGUAACCAUGGCUACAGCCAAUUGCCCAAUCAAAUUACAGAUAUGGAGGAGAUUGUCGUAUCUCAAGUAUAAACUCAUUAGUGAAACAUAUCUCAGUUCAUCUUCUGUGGGGCCUAACAAUAUCCCCCUGCCAGAAUCGGAACAAUUCAUCAUCUACAAUGGUGACAGGCUGGGGUUUUCGUCUCUCAGCCCCGCCAAUUCCUGUGUUGCCUAUACGGUGACAACUGAUCCUGGAGAUGAGUCUCAGACCCUCCGUUACACCUUCAGUAGCGGCAUCCCACCAGUAGAGGGCAACACCUACACGUUCGACCAGUAUAAACAGACAUUCCGAUACGGUCUAGGCAUCCAGGUGAAGUAUGGAAGCCAGCACCGACAGUUCGUCAUGGCGGGCACAGAGAAAGUGAUCGGUCACCACUUGACCACAGACAAGAUGGCACCAGCAGGGAGGAUCACCAUCAUCCUUGAGGGUCUGAUGCUCACGGAGGGCAAGGUCAGCGGAUAUUACGUCAGACUUGCCAAAGCGAACUGUCCAAUCAGACUACAGAUAUGGAGGCCAACUUCUGGUCGGUCUUACCAGCUUCUUGGGGAGACGAACUUCGAGUCAAAGAGUACAGGCUAUUUCCAUAUUGCCUCAUCUAAGCUCAUCGCAGUGACUGGAGCAGACAAGGUCGGGUUCACCACCCUGGACGACACCAGCUCGUGUGUUCCUUACCUGUUCGUGUCGGACAAGAGACGGUCACAGACAGUCUUCCAUGACUUCUUCUCCGCCAACCCUCCCACUGUCAACUCCACCCAAAUCUUCAGCGCCCUCCAAACUACGUACCUCUUUGCUGUGGAGGUAGCCGUUGUUGAGUCCUUCCUUGUGCUACCGGGACCUAGAGGAUCCGCCGGGGCUACCGGUAUCCAGGGUAUACAGGGUCUGCAGGGGCCCACGGGAGAAAGUGGGGUCAGAGGCGACCAAGGGCGUACUGGGGAGCAGGGACUGCAGGGUGACCGUGGAACAGACGGCCCAGUAGGUAUACGCGGUUCUGUAGGAAGCAGGGGUCAGGUAGGACCCGUAGGCCGGAGAGGCCCACAAGGAGGAGCUGGAGCUUCUGGUCAGGUCGGUACAGUUGGUCAAUCUGGGGACAAGGGCAUGGUAGGCGACACAGGAAGGGAGGGUCAACUUGGACAGAUGGGAAGCAAGGCUGGAAGAGGACCUCAAGGACAGCAGGGCAUGACUGGCGACUCCCCAAAGGGCGAGGAAGGCGACCAGGGACCACGGGGACCAGCAGGUGAAGUAGGCCCAGAAGGAAUGCCAGGAGAGAUUGGUCCCCAGGGAGAUGACGGGCCUACUGGCAUGGAGGGCGCUGAUGGGGCGCCAGGAGUUCAGGGCUCCAUGUGGACGCCAAACGAACUAUGCAAGCAGAUCAACGUGACAUGUGAGCAGGAAUGUACGAGUAACGGUAUGAAGGCAACAUGUACCUGCAGACCAGGAUUUCGGUUGAAGGAUGGCUAUAAGUGUAUUGACAUCGACGAGUGCUUCUUCAGGAACGGCAUGUGUCAACACUACUGUAUCAACACAGACGGUAGCUUCCGGUGUGACUGUCCUCUCGGUCUGGUGUUGUCCAAGGAUCAGUACAGGUGUAAUGACGUGGACGAGUGUAAGCACAGCGGGAGCCGGUGUAGUGCGGGUCAGACGUGCAUCAACACCUGGGGGGACUACUACUGUGCCGGACCCUGGGAGGAGGAGUCCUUCGUGGCGCGUCUCAUGAGUUCAGUGUCCACCGUUCCCUUGGUAACACGUCACGUGAUGAUUGGUCUCAUUCUGUGGUUGGUUCUUCUCACUCUCCUCACCAUCAUGGCCAUCAUCCUCUUCAUCCCGGAACUUACCGGAGGAAACCAAAGACACCCGAGAGAACCGGUCAUUCCAAGAGGUCAUCGACCGGAAUUUUAUUACCCAGCAUUCUUUCCCCGGAUAAGCUUGGACCGGCGACACAGUGUGGACAAAGUGGAUAUGGACGCUGCCACGCCUCGGAGGAUGAGCACGGACGAGGCCAACGCUGGUCAGGAGGAAAUGUACUCCCACGUUCAGAGGGGCGUGGCUGCCGGAGGUACAGAACGGAAGAGAUCGAAUUUGUAAUCGCCCGUAUGUUUAUGGUAUACUACUUGUUUGACAUUUGGUAUGAAUGCGGUAAAUAAACUGUAAAUAACG